UGUGGCUGCUGUUCCUGACCCUCCUCUGCCUGGGGGCCUCUAUGCCCAUGACCCCAGCUCCGGACCCGGAGACCGAGCUCGUGGGUAUUGUAGGGGGACACGAUGCCCAAGCUGGGAAGUGGCCAUGGCAGGUCAGCCUGUGGAUCGCUGAUAUGAGUGGCCAGUGGAUAUUUUCGUGUGGAGGUUCCCUGAUCCACCGGCAGUGGGUGCUGACUGCUGCCCACUGUGUUGGUCCGGAGAUUGAGGAGGCCUCGGAGCUCAGGGUGCAGCUGCGAGAGCAGCACCUGUACUACGAGGACCAGCUUCUGACAGUCAGCAGGAUCAUCGUGCGCCCCAACUUCUACAGUGUGGAUCGGGGUGCUGACAUCACCCUGCUGGAGCUCCAGAACCCCGUGAACAUAUCCAGUGACGUGCAGCUGGUCACCCUGCCACCAGCCUCGGAGACCUUCCCCCCUGGGACACCGUGCUGGGUGACCGGGUGGGAUAACAUGCGGAGUAGAAUCCCCUUGCCACCUCCGUUUCCCCUGAAGGAAGUGAAGGUGCCCAUUGUAGAAAACAGCCUCUGUGACACCAACUACCACACUGGUCUCACCACUGGGGACAACGUCCACAUCAUCCAAGAUGACUUGUUGUGUGCUGAGACGGAGGGGCAUGACUCCUGGCAGGGUGACUCCGGAGGUCCUCUGAUGUGCAAGGUGAAGGACACCUGGAUGCAGGCGGGCGUGGUCAGCUAGGGCGAGGGCUGUGCUGAGCCUGACCGGCCCGGGAUCUACACCCGUGUCACGAACUACCUGGACUGGAUCCAUAGCUAUGUCCCCAAGGAGCCCUGA